GUGCUAUUUGAACUUUAGACUUUAUGGAGGGGAGGGUUUGUUCGUCGGACAUGGCCCCUGUGAUGAAAACACACUCGAAUAGUUUCGGUUAGUUCACAGAAAACAUUUUCUGCUUCUCAGAAAAGAUAAACUGAGAGAAACCAAGCAUUCAAUGGUUUUUGGAGCUCUAUAACCCGCAGGAAAUCAUUUGGUUGAGACUAGACAUCUUGGAUUAGGAACGAGUGAGUCUACUUUGAAGAGCUGUGAGGACAACAGGUGAUCCGGGUGGUUUACCUGAGAAACAGAUUUGAACAUUUCAUAGCCUAGAGAAGACGGUUUUCUCUGGUUAUGUAAGCCUCUUUAAUGUGGAUCUUAUCUAAGUAAAUCACUUCCCAGGGAUUCGACGGGAUGUAUGAGGGGCCCAUCAGCUCUGAGGAACAUUUUAAUGACUCUGUGGAAGAAGCGGCACUGCCCUCAGAAGAACCAAAGGACUCAGACUGUGAGGCUUCAGGCAACAAUUUAAGUAAUGCAUUUUCACUUAAAAGCAGACUAACAAGUCAGCUCCGCUCAAAUCUUGAGGAGCGAUUGUCAAGACAUGGUACUCGACCCGUUUCUCCUGCGUUUAGCGCCUCCUUGCGCAGAUCCAGAUUUCAGAAACAGCUGGAGGAAUCGGGCAGCAGCGCCUGCCGCAGACUGUCAGUGGACGCGUCCGAGAAGGGCUCCCUCACACCCGCUAUGCGAAAGAAGUAUUUGAAAGAGUUGUUUCUGAAUAAUAAAUCUGGAUUGUCAUACAUUUUAUCAUCCAAAGACGAGCCGUCAGAGUUGGAGGGAGCUCAGUACGGAGACACUUUGAACAGCAGCGCGCUCUGCGCUUUGGAUCCUAUGGAGCACGCCUGGAUGCUUUCAGUUGUGGAUGGAAAUUAUGACAUUAUGCUGGAAUUUCUCUCUGUAGAUCCCAGUUUAUUGAGCAGAAAAGACUUUAUCAGUGGUUUUACGGCUCUCCACUGGUUGGCCAAAAAUGGAAAGGACGAGACACUGAUUCAGCUUCUCAGUCAUGCAGAAAAAGAGGGGCUCUCAGUGAAUGUGAACUUGAGAGGCAGUGGAGGUCUGACACCUCUUCAUGUGGCUGCCAUGCAUAACCAGUACACGGUCGUGAAGGCUUUGGUUGGUGCAUUCAGUGCUGAUAUAGAUGUCAUGGACUACAGCGGGAAAAGAGCAUGGCAGUAUCUCAAAGACAACGCACCGAGAGAAAUGAUGGAUCUUCUGGGGGCUUGGGAUGAUGAACACUCUGUAGGGUACUUGAAUGUGAAUAACAGUGCGAGUCAAGCACAGCCAGCUGAGGAUCAUGCUCAAGAGAGUAGAGUUGAGGUGGAUAGUUCAGGAGUCACACAGCAGCGAUUCUCAUUUAAGAGGCUGUUAUACAAUAUUGGUCUCCUUGAAAAGAUCUGAGACGUUACCAAAAUUAUGUCUUUAGGUAAUUACUUGAAAUUUGCUCCUUUAUCAGUAAUAAAACUUGUAUAUUUAAUAAUGUGGGAAUUGCUGAAUUGUAUAACAGUGCUGUGUAUUAUAUGAACCUUUUUAAUAAA